AGGAAUGAAAGGAGGGAGAGAAGGGGGGGGAGGAAAAUCACGCUAGGGAGGAGGGGAGAGAAGGAGGGAGAGAGGGAGAGAGAGCUUGGAAGGCGAGGGAAGGAAGAUUGGAGCCAGUCACCUCACGCCUUCCUUGACUGCCUGACUGACUGGCUGUCCUGACUGUUUCCUCCUUCUCCUGCUUCUCCUCCUAUUCCUCCUAUUCCUCCCCAUCCUCUUCUUCUUCCUCCUCCUCCUCCUCUUUCUCCUCUUCACGUUGCUGCUGGUGUUGUUAGCGUUGUUACGACUACUACUACUACUACUACUACUACUACUACUACUACUACUACUACUACUGCUGCUGCUGCUGCUGUUGCUGCGUUACCCACUGCAGGCGUUAGAAAGAUGUCAGCCGUAUGGGAAAGGCUACACACCACCCCCACGCUGUCCUCUACCGCCCACACCUUCCCCCUGAGGAAAGGCAUGCCCACGGACAGCCUGGAGUGGACGCUGGGGGCGGAAUAUGACCACGAGAAGGAUCUAUUCAAGGACAAACCUACUAUCCUGCGCCGCGAGGGCCAGGACUGCCGCACGUGCCAGGCGCAGGUGCUGGCCGGCCGCCUCGAGGCAGCGGAGAGGGAGCUGCGGGCGGAGGCGGCAGCGGCGAGGACGGAGGCCGCCGAGCAAUUAGCAAACGCACCGAGUGGAGGCUCCCCGGACACUGCUGCUGGUGGCGGCGUGGGUGAAGCCCCUACUGCCGCCCCUGAGCAGCGCACGCGUCCGGAGGGGGUGACGGGGCCGCGGGUGUGUCGGGUUCGGGCCGGGGACUCCCUUAUCCACCACCUCCAGUACACCCCCCGCGCUACGCACACGCUCACGGUCCCCAAGGCUGCCCAGGGAUACGCCAGGAACCCUACAGGAGCAUUCUUCACCUCAUAAAGCCCUACAACCUAAUCUGAUCUUUGGACACCUCUUAAACCAAAAUCUAAGCCUUGUACACUUAAACCCUGCCUGACCUUUCUUCAUAUCUUAAUCCAACCUAACCACCUCAACCUGUGACCUUCCUCUCUUCUACAGAACAUGGCUUUUCUUCCUUUUUAUACCCAAUGCAACCUUUCCUUGCCUCCUAAACCCUAACCUGAGCUUUCUGUAAUCUCUCAAGAACAGGUCUGAAUACCCUAAGAUAGUACUAAUGCAUUCUCUUCUACGAGCAUGUGUUCCUAUCUGGGCAGUACAACUCUACACACUCUCUAAAUUACUUAAUGUACACUCUUUUCAUGACCCAUAAAUGAAGUUAAUCUAUCAUCUUUUGGGUGCUCAGUCAAUCAUUUCAUAAAGUUUUUGCUCAAGGCACUGCUUAGUCUACUGGCUAUUGAGGUAUGAAGUGCACUAUGCUGCCUAUGCAUAAUACUAUUAGUUAGAGUCAGCUCAUCACAGUAUAGGAAUCACCUCUUGAACCCAAAUCUAGUCCCCUCCAUGUACUGUUAGGCACUAAAUCUAGUCUACGAGCAAACUUUCAAACUCCUUAUUAUGUUGCAUCACACCACUCCACCAAUAUUUAUAGGUACAUAAAGCCUUGCAUAUACUAAUAGCAUUUACCUAUUACGAUGAAACACUUAUCCCGCCCCUAGCUAACCAUUCCUAGUUCUGAGGUCCGUCCCCUAUCCACCAUCCACUAGUCUUAGUCUAACUUAUUGUAGAACAUCAAGUAAAUAAACAUGAGUAAUGACAUCAUUUAUUCAUAUCCAAAUCAUUUAAUGCUACCAUUCUUUGUACAAGACAUAGGCAUAUGUACACAAAAUAACCUGUUGUACUCUCAUACAACAAUAGGUGUCAGGAUUCGCAAACAUGUAAGGGAGGUUCUUCUUAAAUUUAAGUGAGCCUUUCUUUUUAGCGUCCGCCGGGGGUGGGGGGGUUGCCGCGGGCCCCUGAGCGGCGCCUGUUGGGCCAGGUACAGGUACAAUCUUGGUACAGCGCCGCCUGGUAGAUGCUACACCUCUACCGCCCACUACCACUAGCAGAAAAUUGGUGAAAAAAAGAAAAUAAUAAAAGGCAACAGGUCAGCACGGGUCCCGGUUCACCCCCCCGCACUGGACAACUCUUGUAUACGUUAUGCUUAGUCCUAGAACCGUGAACAUCAAGAAAAAACAGGUACUAUUGUGGGAGGAGCAGGAAAAACAGUUCUAAAGAAGGAAUAAGAAGAACCAAGGGACCCCAGAACCCAUCCGAAGACUUCUGAGACGAAAACUUUGAACCAAUAUUUAGGUCGAGUUAAAAAGUCAGAAUCUGAGAAAUAAAAUAAGAAAACUGGUUACAGGGAAAAUAAUGAAAAAGUAUUACAAAACUACACAUGUACUUGAGUCCAACAAAAUUUUGCUUAAUAGAAAACAAGUAAACUUGUAGUAGUAGAGUGCUGGGCCUGGAGCGUCAGAGAAGAGAGAGAAAGACAGAGAACACGAAGAGAACAUCGACUCUACAACACACUAUCAUCGGCAAUGAAAAAAUAGAGUAAAAUAUGUUUCCACAAUAAUAAUAAAUAAUAAUUCAUUUCAGGUAAUAGAACUUCCUUUCGUUUUCUCACAACACUUAUUGGACAUAUUUUUUUUCCUGUAAAAGAUGUUGAUCAAAUGUCACAACAGAGAAACAUGAGUGUGUCCGUUUGUAUGCAAAAGCGAGAAGAGAAAAUAAAAAUAUAAUAUUUUCCCAACAAUCUAUGUACAUAACAUAAAUACAACAAGUGCUAGUGUGAGCGAGAGAGCGAGAGCAAGAGCAAGAGAGCGAAAGCGAGGAAGAGAGAGAGAGAGAGACAGGGCAGAGGUAUCCAAGCCACAAACACUAGAGAUUCAUCAGCCAGCUCAUCGAUGUAUCCGGUAGAUUUUCAAAGAUUUAUAAAUAAUGUACAAUUUCUUAUUUAAAAGUCUUUCGUGAAGUAAAAAUAUAUAACAAAAAAUAAUAUAUAGUAUAUUAUAUUAGGUCUUAAUUUACAUAUAUUUUACAUGAAAACAUUAGUGAAAUUUUCAGCUUGGCGUGUGGUGGAGGUGAUGGUUGGGGUUGUGAAUGUGGUUGUGGUGGUGGUGGUUGUGGUGGUGAUGAGGGUGGAUGUAGUGGAAGGAAAAGGGAGGAAGAGGAGAAGCAAGUGAGAGGAGGGA